AGGCAGAAUGUCACUCAAUAUCGAUGUUGAAAAUUGUUCCAAAUCAUCUCGGAAUAUGGAAGAUCACUCGCAUUACAAUUUACAUGAGCAACACCAGUAGUAAUAAUAAAAUCCAUAUCUACACUCCUCGAAAUGUUAUUACUCGAAAAAAUGGGCGGCGGCGAUUCAUCAUCCGCUAGAACCGUAGUCUUACUCGGCAAAAUGGGCAACGGAAAAAGCGCCACGGCCAACAGCCUCCUCGGCCACGACGUGUUUGAAUCAAUGCCUAGCUUAGGCGGCGUCACCUCCGCUUGUAGCCUCCACUCAACCGUCUUACCCGAUCAACGCAUUCUCAACGUGAUCGAUACCCCUGGGUUGUUCGAUUCCACCGUCGAAUCAAACACCAUGGCCAAGGAGAUUGCCAAGUGUAUCACUCUGGCCAAAGAUGGAAUCCACGCUGUUCUGCUCGUUCUCUCUCUGAGAAGCCGCUUUUCUCAAGAGGAGGCUUCUGCUUUUGAGUGCCUCUGCCAAAUAUUUGGCCCCAAAAUUGCUGAUUAUAUGAUUGUGGUUUUCGCCCAUGGUGAUGUUCUUAGGAAGAAAUUGACGUUGGAUGAUUUCUUGGCAGAUAAUUGCCCUGAUCAAUUGAAGGAUACUCUUAAAAAGUGUGGGAAUCGAACUAUUGUCUUUGAUAAUUGGACAGAAGAUGAAGAUAAGAUCGAUAGGCAGAGGGAGGAGCUUCUCUCUCUUGUAGACACUGUUUUAGAGGAAAAUGGAGGCACUCCAUACACUGAUGAACUCUUUCAACAAAUCAAGAUUGAUGAAGCUGCCCAAGGGAAAUCUACUGAGAAUGAGAUCAGUGUUGGUGGUUUGGUUGAGAUGAUUGAGUCGCGGCUGAAGGAGAGUAUUUCGAAUCUGGAGAAGUCGUUGGCUGAGGAGAGGGCAGCUCGCGUGGAGGCGCACAUGAAGUCGCUGGCAGAUAUGGCAAAGGCAGAGCAUGAGUUGAACGAAUUGAGAGAGCGUUGGAGCCAGGCUUCUCAUCGCAGCUGGGAGCUCCAAGAACAGAUCAAUCGCAAGCCUAAUUGUGUUAUAUUGUAAUGCGAUGGUGUACGUUGUUUUUGUGUUUUUGAACACCAUGCUUUGGCUUUAGCAAGUUUGUGUAUGUCCUUUUUGGUUUUUGUGGUUUUAAUAUUGAACACAAGCUCAAUUGGAUAUGUCUUGGAUUGU